AUGGCACUGCUAAGUCUUCUUAUUGCUACUUUAUCUGAUGAGGCUAUGGAGCAUGUCAUUGGGUGCAGAACAUCUCAUGAAGCCUGGACAUGUUUACAAGAAAGGUUUGCAUCGAUUUCAGUUGUUCGAGUUAAUCAGUUAAAGACUGAAUUACAUACAGCACAAAAAGGAGGGGAAUCUGUGGAUAAGUUCUUAAUGAGGCUGAAGAAUAUAAGGGAUCAACUUGUUUCUGUUGGAGAAAGAAUUUCAGAUAAUGAUUUGAUGAUUGCUGUGUUAUUUGGUCUGCCUGCAGAUUUUGAGAUGAUUCGGACAGUGAUCUUAGCAAGGGAUACAACUCUAUCUUUAAAAGAUUUCCGGGCUCAACUUCUUGUUGCAGAAGGGAGUAUUGAAUCCAAGAUGCAAUCUUUGUCAAGUUCUAUGGCUGCAAUGUGUGUUCAAGGUGAAGGUUCUAGCGCUCAGCGAUAUCAGAGCUAUGAACAUGGUGAAAGCUCAAAUACACAAGGGAUGCAAGGAGGAUAUAAUGGAGAGCAAUUUGGAGAUAGCUUUCAAGGUGGAUCUGGUUUUCUGGGCAAUGGAAAUAACAGGAACAAUUACAAUACUAGAAAUGGUAGCAACAACAAUUUCAAGAAGUUUGGGAAUGGAAAUAACAACUUUAAGAAUUCAUCUUCCGGGUUUCAUAACAGGAAUGCAAGUGGAAGUACUAACAAUCACUUUGGGAAUGGAAACAACAAUUAUUCUGGAAAUGGAAAAGCUCAUCAGAGUGGGGGAAAUGGAUAUUCUGGAAAUAGUUAUGGGAAUGGAGGUUCGUUUUCUGGCAAUGGGAGUUCAAAUGGCAGUUCAAAUGGCUAUUCUAAGACAAACUGGGCUGGAAAUACCAAUUUUAAGUCUUCUGUGUCACCAGAGUGUCAGAUUUGCUCAAGAAGAUGA